UCCAACCACCUAGCCACCCACCGCUUUGCGCACCUCUGGCUCCAUGCGCCUCUGGCGACGCUUUGCGCUUGGGCAUGUCCGCCGCGUGCCUGGAAGUCGGAGACUGGCGACAGAACGACCGCCACCCAAGGCUUUCAAAGGCUCCAACAUCCAGGCAGGGUCACCAUAUUCCAAGGAGCUUCGCUUGCUCGCGCAUGUCUUUGAAACUGCGACGGCUGGAGAUCCCAGCUCCGUCUGCGAUGCCAUCGAGCGCUUUGGCGAGGAUGUUUUGAAUCCCGCUGGUCAGUGGCUGAAGGUGGCGGGCCGUCAUAAGACCACAGUGCUGAGCAAAGCGAUGAAGAACUGUCCCAAAGGUGGCAGCAUCCUUGAAAUCGGCACCUACUGUGGCUAUUCCGCCCUCCGCAUGGCCAUGGCUUUGCCCGGUGCCCGGGUGGUGUCCUUGGAAGUGGACCCGGCUCACAUGGUCAUCGCGCGGAACAUGGUGGCCUAUGCCGGCAUGGCGCACAUGAUCGACAUUUGGACGGGUCAUAGCAAGGACGUCUUGCCACGCUUGCCUCAGAGGUAUGGCGGGCGACACCAGUUCCGCCUCGGUGGGGUCUUUAUGGACCAGAAGGGCUCCCGAGAUUCGGAGUUUGCUUCGGAGAUCUUUUGGUGCUUUUCUUGUUUGGCUUCGUCGUGGCCGCGCGGUGGUCAGGUUUGUCGGUCCUGCGGUUCGGUUUGGGUGUUGGGACUGGGUCUCAGCAGGGUGGGCGGAGACCCCACCCAAGGUUACCACGAGGAUCUCUCUGUGAUUGAACAGCUGGGGCUCUUGCUGCCCGGUGCCGUGGUUGUGGCGGACAAUGUGCUGAAGCCAGGUUCGCCCUUGUUUCUUUGGAGGCUUUGCAAGGGGUCGGCCUAUGACAACCACAUCGUCCGAGUAAAGGAGUUUGCUAUGCCCUCGGAGGAUUGGAUGUCUGUGAGCGUGCUGCGCCCGGAGGCCGCGGUGGAGAUGGAGUCGAUGUCGGUCGAGGUGCCCACCGUGGAACGCGGCAAAGGGCAGGCGCCGCAGGGCGCUUGGCCUGUGCCGCCGGAGGAGCUCAUCCAGCUGCAGUGGGAGUCAGACCGGAUCCGCGCGCAGGCCACUCGGCCAGGACGUGGUAGUGUUAGCUUCGCAGAAUGGGCCAGCUAUGCCGAGGGAAUGAAGGAGAAGAUGGUAAAUCAUGGCAUCUUUGAAACAGAGGAUGCUGAACAGCUGGAAAGCGGGGCCGAACUGUUCUGACCACCGCUCUGGAACCCGCGGUCGGCUGCCCGGUGUUCACGCCGCUCGGUCCACGCGGCACGCGGACCGGACCGGUCUGCCGUCGGACGCCUUGCGAAAGAGCGAGACG